AUGCCGCGUGACCUCGACGUUGUGAUCUGGGGGGCAACUGGCUACACCGGGGAACUGGCCGUGGCUUAUCUCCUCGGCGAUGGGUCCAGGAUCCGUUCCUUUCCCUGCGAGCAGCCCGCAGCGCCUGCUGACCUGCGAUGGGCGGUAGCUGGCCGCAGCCGCUCGAAACUCGAAGCACUCGGCGCCGGGGUUGAAACGAUCGUCUGCGACGCCGACGACAAGGCUGGAAUCGAGGCUUUUGUCAAGCGUGCGCGAGUGGUGAUCGGCUUCGCCGGGCCGUUCCAGAAGUACUCUGACCAGGUUGUUGAGGCGUGCGCGAAGUACGGCACACAUUGGUGUGACAUCACCGGUGAGAUCAUCUGGACGCGCUCGCUUAUUGAUCGUUUCGGUGACCGGGCGCGCGCCAACGGCGCCUGCAUCGUGAACCUCUGCGGCUACGAUUCGAUUCCGAGUGACCUUGGCACGUUGUUUGCGAUUAACGCACUGCGCUCGCGAGCUGAGUAUCCCCUGUCGCCGAUCCGUUCGGUGGUGAACUACCAGAUGGGCCUUGAGGGUGGCGGCGGCGGAAGUCUCCAGACCAUGCUCGUCGGCAUGACCGAGCCGAUGCAGCUAUCCGGCGGUGUUGAUCGCGCCGACCCGUUCCUGCUCGGCGGCGAACCGGCCGGGGGGGUGCGUGAGGAAGACCGGCCGAUGAAAGAUGCCUAUUUCGACGAGGCGCUCGAUUCGUGGAUCGGCCCGUUUAUCAUGCAGGGCGUGAACCCAUUGGCCGUGCGUAGGUCGAGUGCGUUGCUCGGGUAUGGUUCGCAGUUUAACUACCGGGAGGUCGCUGCGUGCCGGAAUGAAGAAGAAGCUCAGCGGAGCGUCCAGUUUGUCACCGCACCAGCGCAGCCGGAGGAUCUGCGACGUAGAAUCGAAGAGGGCACGUUGCCGAAGCCUGGCGAGGGACCGUCUCCCGAAGCGCGCGCCCGCGCCCGUUUCCAAUCGACGCUGGUUGCCUGCAAUGAGGCGGGCGAAAGUGUGACGGUAACCGUAACGGGCGCCGAAGUCGCUUACGAGGAGACCGCCAAAAUGGCGGUAGAGGCAGGGCUCGCGCUCGUCUACGAGGCGGCCUCGUGUCCGGGUGUGGUAUCAGGUGGCGGGUUCCUCACGCCAGCGGCCUGUAUGGGCACGGUGCUGAUUCAGCGGCUGCACCGCGCGGGCAUCCAUUUUGGCGUGGUGUCUGAUGCUGCGCGCCGGCCCGCCGCGGAGUACGCGGGCGAAGCGAUCGCUCGGAGUAGCCGUAUGGCCUGGAAAUGGGAGCUGACUGUUGAGCAAGCCAUCGACCGCUACGGUCUUGAUGAACACGUUCGCAAUAUCGAAGAACAAGGUUUCACCAUUGUGCCGCCCGACCAGACCGGGUUUUCACAGCGGGAGGUUGAGCAGGCCAAACAGUGCAUUUUAGCGGAGGCGUCUAAACGCACCGGGGUCCGCUGGGACGAACAGCACGGCGCCCUUGAUGAAUUUAUACCAGGCCGCCACCCACCCGCUUACUGUUAUGUCACCCGUACGUUCGAGAUCGAUCAGGUAUUCCGGGACUUUCAGACUAACCCCGUCCUCAAUACCCUUCACCGCGGCAUCAUCGGUGAUGCUUUUCGCAUGCGCACGGCCAACGGUAUGUGGAAGUGGGCCAAUGCAGACGGUUGGGGGCCUGAUCACGGUCUGCACACAGACACCCUCGGCAUGAUCUUUGAUGUUCAUCAUCCCUACGUUGCGAACGUCAAUUGGCUGCUCACAGACUGCGAAGCAGACGAUGGGCCCAUCUGUUUUCUGCCGGGUUCGCAUAAAUUCGGCAAGCUGCCGCAAGGCAAUCUGACGGAUGAGCUGCGCCAACAGAUCCAGCCGAUCGAAGCAGAAGCGGGCCGCCUGAGCGGCAAGGUAGCCCUCAUUACCGGCGGUACCAGCGGCAUUGGUGCGGCCACCGCGCAACUGUUCAUUGACGAAGGCGCGCAGAUUGUCAUAGCGGGACGCAGUGUAGAAAAGGGCCAGGCCCUGGCGAAGCUGUUGGGUAACAAUGCGCUCUACGUGCAGGCCGAUGUCACCGAGGAGGAAGAUAUUGCUGCCAGUAUCCAGGCCGCGACCAACCAGUUUGGCCGCCUGGACAUUCUCUUCAACAAUGCGGGCGGUCCGGUAGGCGCGCCUAUCGAUCAGCUCUCGCAGCAGCACAUCGAUUAUGGUGUAAGGCUGCUGCUUUCCAGCGUUAUGCUGGGGACGCGACACGCGAUUGAACCGAUGAAAGCCGCUGGCGGCGGUUGUAUCAUCAACAACUCCAGUAUCGCAGCGAUACGCUAUCGUCAGGGCGAUGUGCUCUACUCUGCGUUGAAGGCGGCUGUUACCCACUACACGAAAAUGGCCGGCAUUGAGCUGGGACCGUUGGGGAUUCGCGUCAAUGCCAUCUCACCGGGUGCAAUUGCAACGCCGAUUUUCUAUGGUGGCUCGGGACGCGCUAACACGCUUUCGGACGAAGAGAACGAGCGCAAGAUGGAAAAGCUCAAAGCCAAUCUGGCCAAUGCCGUACCGCUCAAGCAAACGGGUCUUGCACAUGAUAUUGCCGAAGCAGCCCUGUAUCUGGCCAGCGAUGCAGGUCGUUUUGUCAACUGCCACGAUCUGGUAGUGGACGGUGGCCGCACCUCGAUGUUCUACGAGCCUAACGACUGCACCGGGCGUAGCAGCGCUACGGCGAACCCCGCCCGCGAGUAUUCGUUUGAGCAGUAUGCGGAUGAUGUGAUUUCAAUAUUGAAUUCACUUGGCGUCGACGUGUGUCAUGUAUGGGCAAUGGCCUGGGGUUCGAGAGCGGCGCUGGCUUUCUGUGCGUUACAGCAGGCGCGAGUGAGGUCUGCCGCCUUUUUUGAUCUGAGCAUAGGCAAAGCCGAUGUCGAGGCGCAGCAACAACAAAGUCUAGUGGCACGCAAAAAACAAUACGCUGCCGGCAUUGUGGAAGAACCGGCUCCGCUCGGUUGGAAUCAGCAUAACCAUCCUGAAGAGGUGCCAAAAGCACUGUCUGCGGCCGCCCGCUACGAUCUGCGCGCAGCAGCGGCAAACCUUGCUCUACCAGUACUGGUGGCCACCGGCGAUCACGAUCCGAAUCUGGCGUCGAGCCGGGAAUUUGUUGCUAUGACGCCAAGUGCUUCUCUUGUUGUGAUGCCCGAUGUGGGUCACGGCAGUGUGCUGCAACGGCCGGGUUUAACCACUGCCAUCUAUGAGGACGGCGCAACAGUCAUUGCCGCAGACAUCAAUGAAGAAGGUCUGGCUGAUUUGGAAAACACCCUGAAUUAUGUGGUGGACGUUACCGAUGCGAUUCAGGUUGAACGGAUGGUUGAAUUUGCCAUAGAACAAACCGGUAGGCUUGAUGUGCUGUUCAACAAUGCAGGACUGGGUUAUAGCACCCCUCUGGAAGCAAGCGCGACGGGUGAGUUUGAAAAUCAUGUCGCCGUGCACCUGUUUGGCGCUGCCAAUGGUAUGCGCGCAGCGAUUCCGCAUAUGCGCCGGAUUGGCUAUGGACGCAUUAUCAAUACUCUAUCGCGGGCGGCGGAGGUUGAUAAGCCAGGUACAUCAGCGUAUGCGGCGGCCAAAGCAGGGGUGUGGGCGUUGUCUCGGGUGGCGGCGCAAGAAGUAAAUGAUGCGGACAUCUGCGUGAACAUGUUGAUACCGGGCCCGACUAACACAUCUAUUUGGGGGAGAGAUAUGCCUAACCUUCAGGAUGCUGCAGAGACCUACCCCACAGCAAAAAUGCUGGCUUCGCUACCUGCAGGUGGUCCCACCGGCAAAGUCUUCUGGAAUGAAAAGGAAUAUAGUUUGUUCACCACCAGGGCCAAAAAGGUAGCCCGACUGUGCUCACAUUUUCCUGGUGAAUACUGGCAGAACCUGGAUGAGAAAGCCGAGUACCCGCAUGAAUUUGUCAAUCAGCUGACCGAAUCGGGUUACCUGGCUGCGCUCAUUCCAGAGAUCUAUGGCGGCGCGGGUUUACCCAUUCGCGCAGCGAGCGUGAUCCUGGAAACAAUUCACAGCCAUGGCUGUUCAGCCGCAGCAAGCCACGCCCAGAUGUACACCAUGGGUACCGUGUUACGUCAUGGCAGUGAUGAGCAAAAACAGCGCUAUCUGCCUGCCAUCGCCUCUGGCGAGCUGCGUUUGCAGGCUUUUGGGGUGACUGAGCCCACAACGGGUUCUGAUACAACACAACUGAAAACACGCGCUGAAAAGAAAGGCGAUCAAUACAUCGUUAAUGGCCAGAAGAUCUGGACCAGCCGCGCACACCAAUCGGAUCUGAUGUUGUUGCUGGCGCGGACGACGCCAGUGGAUCAGGUGGCUAAACGUACGCAAGGGUUGUCCACGUUUCUGGUUGAUCUGCGUGAAGUGCGCGGCAACGGUUGUGAAAUUCGCUCGAUCCCAACCAUGAUCAAUCACAACACCACAGAAGUAUUUUUCGAAGAUAUGGCCAUUCCAGCCAGUGCCCUGGUAGGGGUAGAAGGGGAGGGGUUUAAAAAUAUUCUAUCCGGAAUGAAUGCGGAGCGGAUUCUGAUUGCCUCCGAAGCAUUGGGUGAUGGACGUUACUUUAUUGACAAAGGUGUUGCCUACGCUAACGAGCGAGAAGUGUUUGGCCGUCCAAUUGGUCAAAACCAGGGCAUCGCGUUUCCGUUGGCGCAAGCCUACGCGCAACUGGAAGCCGCCGAGAUGAUGAUUCGCAAAGCUGCCGCACUGUAUGAUUCAGGACAGGAUUGCGGUGAAGCAGCGAACAUUGCCAAGUACCUGGCGUCGGAAGCGGCCUGGAAAGCCGCAGAUGAGACCUUUCAAACCUUUGGUGGGUUUGCGUUUGCCAAGGAAUAUCAGAUUGAGCGCAAAUGGCGGGAAGUUCGUUUGUGGCGCACAGCACCGAUUUCAAACAACAUGGUGUUGAAUUUCCUCUGCCAGAAUGUGCUGGGAUUGAAGCGAAACAUGAAAUCUCCCAUAUGCGAACUGCUUGGAAUUGAAUUCCCUUUGGUGGCCUUCACGCACUGUCGUGAUGUGGUCGUAGAGGUGUCGAAGGCCGGGGGGAUGGGUGUGCUCGGCGCGGCCGGGUUCAGCCCCGAGCAGCUCGAGAUAGAGCUGAAUUGGAUUGACGAACACAUCGACGGUCUGCCGUAUGGCGUGGAUCUGAUUGCCCCGACGUCGCUGGCUGCAAGCGACGACGAUACGGGGGAGUCGUUGCAGGCACGCGUGCCGGAUGAGCAUCGCGACUAUGCGAUAAACGUGCUUGCCCAGUACGACAUUGACGCCGGUGAUGUCUAUGAGAAUUCACGCACGGGCGUUGCCAGUGGUUUUCUUACGGAGAACAAGGCAACUAACAUUAUCGAUGUGGCUUUCUCGCACCCGAUCAAGCUCAUCGCCAAUGCGCUUGGUGUGCCGCCCCGGUAUAUGUUGGAGAUGGGCAAGGCGCGGGGAGUUGCCACGGCGGCUCUUGUCGGCGCCAAAGAACAUGCCACCAAACAGGUGGAAGCUGGCGUCGAUAUCCUUGUCGUGGCAGGCACGGAAGCCGGUGGUCAUUGCGGCGAGGUGAGCACCCUGGUGCUGGUCCCGGAAGUGGUCGAUGCGGUAAAGGGUUCUGAUGUCUGCAUCCUCGCUGCAGGUGGCAUCGUUCGGGGUCGGCAGAUGGCUGCCUGCAUGGCCAUGGGGGCACACGGCGCCUGGACUGGAUCAAUGUGGCUCACCACCACCGAGGCGGAAACCUCGCCGGUGGUGAAAGAGAAGUACACUCAGGCAAGCUCGCGACACACAGUCCGUUCGAAAUAUCGAACAGGCAAGUACUCCAGACAGCUGCGUUCAGCCUGGACCGAUGCCUGGGAAAGCGAAGAGGCUCCGGAAUCACUGCCCAUGCCGCUGAUGUCGCUGGUCAGCGAACCGGCUUUGCGCCGUGUGACCAAGCUGGCUGAAGGCGGGCAUCAGGGCGCUCGAUCCCUAGCCACCUUCUUCGUCGGUCAGGGCGUUGGAUUGAUGAAUGAGAUUCAGGAUUCGCGUACGGUCGUCCGGGAAUUUAUGGAAGACUAUCUGGAAGCGACGGAUCGGCUUGCUGCAACCCUGGAAAGCCUGAUGGCUGACGAAGAAUCCCACGGAGUAUUGCGUGAGAUAAAUGAAGGGCGGGUACGGACACUUUUGUUUAACCGACCAGAAGCUUUGAAUGCGAUGAACAACGCGCUGUUUGUUGCAGUGAGAGAUGCAUUAAACAAAGCCCGCAAAGAUGAUUCGGUUGCGGCAGUGAUUCUGUCUGGAGAAGGCCGAGCGUUCUGUGCCGGGUUAGAUCUAGCUGCGGUGGGAGAGGAAGGUUCUGGUCAAUUCCCUGGCAUGUUUGCCGCCCUGAAUUCGUUUGAUAAACCGCUCAUCGGUGCUGUUAACGGGCUCGGGGUUGGCGUGGGGAUGACCAUGUUGGCGUAUUGUGAUUUGGUCGUGAUGGCGCAGGACGCCAAGCUGCGAACGCCGUUUCCGCAACUCGGGUUGGCACCGGAGGCGGGCAGCAGUUACACCUUUCCUGCUCGCUUAGGAUGGCAGAAUGCGGCCUACGUUUUGAUGUCCGGUCGUUGGUUCAGUGCGCAAGAAUGCCUGGAUAUGGGUUUGAUCUGGAAAGUGACAUCUGCUGAUUCUGUCAUGCCCGAAGCACAACAGGUUGCAUUGGAAUUGGCUGCCAAUCCCAUUCCUUCGCUGAUUGCCACCAAGUCGCUGAUGUUGGCUGCGGGUCGCCAAGAGGGUGCGAUGGCAGCGCAUAAAAAAGAGAACGAUGCAUACGCUGUACUAAUGGGUGGCCCGGCAAAUGCAGAAGCAUUCCUGGCGUUCAAAGAAAAGCGAGAUAUCAAUUGGUUGAUGGCGCAAUGGGCAGAGCGCUCACCGGAUAAAAUCUGCUUUAUAUGGUGCCCCUUUGAGGGGGAAGAGCAAUCCUGGACCUAUAAAAAGCUUUAUGACGAUGCUGGCAGGCUGGCAGCAGGCCUCCAGCAACGAGGUGUAAAGGCAGGUGAUUUUGUCAUCAUUCACCUCGACAAUUCCCCGGAGUUUGUCCUCUCGUGGUUUGCAUGUGCUCGUAUCGGAGCCGUCGCGGUUUCCACCAACACACGUAGUGUUGCAAGAGAUCUUGAGUAUUUUUCAGAGGUGACAGAGGCGGUUUGUGCCAUCACCCAACCAGAAUAUGCCGCGAUGAUCAGGGGCGCUUGUCCUGGAUUAAAUUUUGUUUCCGUGACAGAUAAUGAUGCCGGCAGUCCGAAACAACAGGACGCUGUAUUGCCAUUUAAGGCGCUGUUUUCCGACGCACCCGCUGAGGCAGUCGCGAUAGACCCGGCACGAAACUUGAGCGUUCAGUUUACCUCCGGUACUACUUCCAGACCCAAGGCUGUGCUCUGGACUCAUGCUAAUGGCUUGUGGGCGGGCAAGACCUCAGCAAUACACAUGCGCUUGCGCACAGAGGAUGUGACGCUGAUCUACAUGCCGCUGUUCCACACCAACGCCCAGGGUUACUCCAUGUUGUCGACCUUCUGGUCAGGGGGAACCAUUGUCGUGCAGCCGAAAUUUUCUACCUCCAGGUUCUGGGAUGUAUCCCUGCGCCACGAGGUGAGUUGGGUGUCCAUGAUUCCCUUCAGUGUAAAUGCACUCAUGGCGCAACCGGUCCCGGAACACAAGCAGCGUUUUUGGGGUAUGGGUGCAAGAGUGCCCGCAAUCGAACAACACUUCGGCGUGAAUAUGAUUGGUUGGUGGGGUAUGACAGAAACGCUGACUCAGGGAAUAGUGACUGACCUUGAUCAUCCUGGACCCCAGGGAACUAUCGGACGUGUCGCGCCGGAAUAUGAAAUUCAGCUCAGAAAAGCAAAUGGUGACCUGGCCGGACAGGGAGAGAAAGGGGCGUUGUUUAUUCGUGGUGUGCGGGGUGUCACCCUGUUCAAGGAAUAUUAUCGGCACCCGGAUGCUAACGAGAAGUCCUUUGAUGAAAACGGAUGGUUCGAAACCGGUGACCUGGUGAGAAUGGAUGAAGAGGGUUGGCUGUUCUUUGCGGACAGAGCCAAAGACAUGCUCAAGGUCGGUGCCGAAAAUGUCGCUGCAUCAGAAAUUGAAACGGUAAUCAUGCAAACAGGCAUUGUGAAAGAAUGUGCCGUCGUGGCGCAAAAACACUACAUGUUAGAUGAGGUACCCGUUGUUUUUGUCAUUCUUAAUGAUGCUGGUCUUGCACUUGAGGAAGCUGCGGUAAAAGAAAAAAUCAUAUCCCUGUGCGAAGAAUUUCUAGCAGACUUCAAGGUUGUGCGAGAUGUUCACAUUGUCGAUGAACUGCCGCGUUCGACUUUGGAAAAAGUCUUCUUCGAAUAUUGUCAGCCAAACGCUGCAUCAGCGAACGCACGAAUUUCUCUCAUAGGAUCAGGGCUCCCAGGAAAGUUGGUCUCCUGCUGCAUCAAUCAGAAUUCGAUCGAGUUCAUUUAUGUGUGUAGCGUGGCCUUCGUGCACGGCAAGAUGCCGAAGCGCUUCCGGGUGGUUGUCAUUUAG